UACCCAUCUGAAACCAAGAACACAAAUUUAAAAUAAUAAAAAUAAAUAAAAAAGAAGAAGAAGAAGAUCGAGAUACUCUCUUUCCAAUGGAGAGUGUAAUUCUGCCCUGCAAACCAAUAUCUCUAACAGUUUUUGAAUUACCAUCAAAAGCCCAAAAACGCACAAUUUCUUUCAACAAUGUCCACCAACCAGUGUCCACAAAACCAGACCCAAGAAUGACAGACGCCCAUUUGAACUACCUCUGCAGAAAACAACGUAUCAACGAAGCCAUAAACGUUCUUGACUCCAUUGCCCAAUGUGGGUUCAAGGUAAGACCCAAAACCUUCACACGCUUGAUUCAGUCGUGCAUUGAUUCAAAUUCAAUCCAUUUAGGCCGUGAACUUCACCAACAUAUUCAUUUGCUUGAAGCAGUAAACCCAUUUAUUGAGACUAAAUUGGUUUCCAUGUAUGGAAAAUGUGGGUCUCUGGAAGAUGCAUAUCAAGUGUUUGAUAAGAUGCGUGAGAGGAAUUUGUACACUUGGUCGGCCAUGAUUGGUGCUUAUUCAAGAGAGAGAAAGUGGAGGAAAGUGGUGGAACUUUUUUGUUCCAUGAUGGAGGAUGGAACUGUUCCUGAUUAUUUCUUGUUUUCUAAGAUAUUACAGGCUUGCGGGAAUUGUGGGGAUAUUGAGACCGGGAAAUUAAUACAUUCGAUACUGGUUAAAUGUGGGAUUAACUGUGAAAUUCGCGUUGAUAAUUCAAUUUUGGCAUUGUAUGCAAAAUGUGGGAAGUUGAGUUCGGUAAAGAGAUUUUUUGAGAAUAUGGGAAAAAGGGAUAGAGUAUCUUGGAAUUCGGUUAUACUGGGGUAUUGUCAGAAGGGUGAAAUUGCAGAGGCAUGGCGGUUGUUUGAAUUGAUGCGCGAAGAAGGGAUUGAACCGGGUUUGGUGACUUGGAAUACCCUGAUUUCGAGUUAUAAUCAGUUGGGGAGGUGUGAUGUUGCAAUGGAAAGAGUUAAGGAAAUGGAAAGGUUUGGUUUAACUCCUGAUGUUUUUACUUGGACUUCUAUGAUUUCAGGGUUUGCUCUAAAUAGUAGGAGAUUUCAGGCUUUGGAAUUGUUUAGGCAGAUGAUUUUGGCGGGUGUUCAACCAAAUGCCGUUACACUUACGAGUUCAAUCUCUGCUUGUUCGUCUCUUCAAGCUAUAAGGAAGGGGAAGGAGCUCCAUUCAGUUGCAAUUAAGAUUGGAUUUGGCGAAGAUGUGCUAGUUGGGAAUUCCCUCAUUGACAUGUAUUCCAAGUGUGGGGAGCUUGAAGCUGCUCGGCUGGUCUUUGAUAUGAUCUUGGAGAAAGAUGCUUAUACUUGGAACACAAUGAUUGGAGGUUAUUGGCAAGCUGGCUACUGUGGCAGAGCCCAUGAUGUCUUCAUGAAAAUGCGAGAAUCCGAUGUACCCCCUAAUGUCAUCACAUGGAAUGUCAUGAUCAGUGGAUACAUACAAAAUGGAGAUGAGGAGCAGGCAAUGGAUCUUUUCCAGAGGAUGGAAAAGGAUGGGAUCAUUAAGCGGAAUACUGCAUCCUGGAAUGCUCUUAUUGCUGGCUAUUUGCAAAAUGGGCACAAAAAUAAGGCAUUGUGGAUAUUUAGGCAAAUGCAGUCUUUCUCUAUUAAACCCAAUUCUAUUACUAUUUUGAGUAUCUUACCUGCUUGUGCGAAUCUAGUGGCAGCGAAAAAGGUGAAAGAGAUCCAUGGUUGUGUAUUGCGCAGAAAUUUAGAAUCUGAACUGCCAGUUGCAAAUUCUCUAAUAGAUACUUAUGCCAAGUCAGGGAAUAUAGUAUAUUCCAAAGCCUUAUUUGAUGGAAUAUCUACCAAAGAUAUUAUCACGUGGAACACUCUGAUCACUGGUGCUGUUUUACAUGGUUGUUGCCAUGAUGCACUUGAGCUCUUUGAUCAGAUGCGGAAAGAGGGGUUCACACCGAACAGAGGUACCUUUGUUAGUAUCAUCUCUGCAUAUGGUAUCGCUAAGUUGGUUGAUGAGGGGAAGCAAGUUUUCUCUAGCAUGACUGAAGAUUAUCGUAUUUUACCAGGUUUAGAGCAUUACCUAGCCAUGAUAAAUUUAUUUUGUCGGUCGGGUAGGCUUGAAGAAGCAAUCAAGUACAUUGAAGAUAUGGAAAUAGAGCCUGAUUCCUCCGUCUGGGCUGCCUUUCUUACUGCCUGUCGGAUUCAUGGGAAUGUUAGAUUGGCAGUCCAAGCAGGGGAACGAUUACUUGAACUGGAACCAGGGAAUGCCUUGGUCCAGUUGCUCCUUUUACAGGCAUAUGCAAUAUGUGGUAUAGCUGAGGAUUCUGUUAAAGUGAAAAAGCCUGGAAAAUGGAUUGACACUAAAGAAGCACUGGGAUUGAGCUGGAUGGAAGUUGAAAACACGGUGCAUACAUUUGUCGCUGGUGAUCAGUGUCAAAAAAAUAUUGAAGGCUUAUAUUCCUGGAUUAAAUCAAUAAAGAGGAAAAACAAGAGUUCUGAUCAUUAUGUUGGGCUUUGCAUUGAGGAAGAGGAGAAGGAAGAAAUUAGUGGGGUUCAUAGUGAAAAACUUGCCCUUGGUUUUGCCCUCGUAGACUCUUCCAAAGCAUCACAAUGCAUACGAAUUGUGAAGAAUUUAAGAAUGUGUGGAGACUGCCAUAGGACAGCCAAAUUUGUUUCUAAGACACAUGGUUGUGAGAUAUACUUAAGCGACUCAAAGUGCUUGCACCAUUUUAAAGAUGGCGGCUGUUCUUGUGGUGAUUAUUGGUAGAUAGAAAAUAAUAGUAGCACAUUUUGUGGUUGUUAGAAGUGUUUUUGCACUUGAAAAUAUGGAGACUUGUUUGCAGGACCGAAGUGUUGGCCAAGCUAUGGUGGGUUCUGCUAGAAUCGUAUGUGAUAAAAUUCACAAAGUUUCUGUGGGCACUCCUCUUUUGUAAAUUAGAUUAGCUCUUGGACAUUGUAUAUUUGUAAUACCACAGGAAUUUAUCGAGAAUUCUUAAAUCUACUUUAGGUAGUCCAGCCCAUGGUGAAAGAUCCUGCUCCAUAGGGGGUAGGUCGAUUUGGCGGGGAUGGUGGGAAGCAAUGGAUGAUGGAGUAUUUACCGGGAUUCAGCAGGUCAUUUUGGCUAGAGCAGAGGCCAUUUUUCUCCAUAAAAAUUGAGUAUGAUCGAGAUGGGGUAAUAUGUUUGGUCUCCAAAACGUGUAGGUAAACAUGGACAAGCAACACACCAGGUAUACUUCGAGUACCUCGAUCAAGUGUUAACUUGCAUGAGUAUAGAUACUAUGGUCCUAACAGCAAAGAUGGAAGUGUGAUCAGUAUGGUGAGAAGUUAGGAACAUAUUUUACUUUAACCAGAAUGGAGGAGAAGGUUGUUGGCUUCCAUGCAAGGAGUAGCAUACCCUUGGAUGCCAUUGUAGUCCACAUGCAUCAGUGGUUGGGAAAUCAAAGAUCAUUGAAGCCCUCGUCUGUCAUGAAAACUCUCUACUUGUUCUAUUACUUUGCAAUCAGGACAGCAAUCAGUAUAUGUAUUUGUAUGUUUAUGGACUUCAAAUGUUCCAAAUCUUUUGUUUCUCUCUGUAGGUGAGGCAAUGUAUUCCCUUAGAUUGUGGGUGUCAUUAGCGAGACUUUAUCUCCUAAUCUCUCAUUUAGCAAUGUCACAAGCUGUUAUUGGACUAAAAAUCCCAGUGGUUAUUUGUUUUUUGGGGAAAAAACCCAGGUGGUUAGUGGUAACAUUAUCAAGAUUCU